GAGGCCGAGAAUACUAGAUUGUAGUUUUUUUUACUGCGCUAUUGGUCCGUACACGCUACACAGGAAGAGAAAAAGAACUACAAUACCCAUCUCCAUUGCUUAUCCUGCUAAAAGGUGGAAGCCAAAGGCUAUCGGUCUAAUGAGCGCUGAGACGAGGAAAUGCACCUAAAUACCACAACAGAGUUAAAAAUGCCACGAAGGAUCAGUCCCCGUGCUGAUGCUGUGCAUUAUGCAACUACAAAGAGUGAUAAGACAUCAAAGCUUGAUGUGAAAUACAUCAGUCCAGAGAAAGGCCGUGGUGUCUUUGCACUAGCAUCAUUUUCUAGAGGCGAUUUUGUGGCUGAGUACAGAGGAGAAAUGAUUGAUUUCAAUGAAUCUCAAAGAAGAAGAAGAAUCUACCAUGAUAAAUGUGCUGUGUUUAUGUUUGACUUUAAAUGGAAAGGAAAAACAUGGUGCAUUGAUGCUGCAAAAGAAGAUGGAUCUUUUGGUAGGCUGGUUAAUGAUGACGACAAACAUCCAAAUUGCAAUAUGAAGAAGAUUGAAGUGGAUGGAAAACCCCAUCUUUGCCUGUUUGCUGUAACAGACAUCAAAGAAGGAGAUGAAAUUACUUACGAUUAUGGAGGAACAGACUGGCCUUGGCGUACAAAGGUUAUGAAGGACACUACUGAGCACAAUGUGCAUGAGAAGCAGCAGCAUGCUUUGCAGUCUACAACAGGGCUUGAUGAAAACACUGCCAUGGAUUCAUCUGUAACUGAGCAGGUUAUGAAGGACACUACUGAGCACAAUGUGCAUGAGAAGCAGCAGCAUGCUUUGCAGUCUGCAACAGGGCUUGAUGAAAACACUGCCAUGGAUUCAUCUGUAACUGAGCAGGUUAUGAAGGACACUACUGAGCACAAUGUGCAUGAGAAGCAGCAGCAUGCUUUGCAGUCUGCAACAGGGCUUGAUGAAAACACUGCCAUGGAUUCAUCUGUAACUGAGCAGGUUAUGAAGGACACUACUGAGCACAAUGUGCAUGAGAAGCAGCAGCAUGCUUUGCAGUCUGCAACUGGGCGAGAUGAAAACACUGCCAUGGAAUUAUCUGUAACUGAGCAGCAGUCUUUAUCAGAAGACUCUGAACAAGAUAUGCGCAUACCAAGGUUACGGAGGACCAAAAGUAUCAUUAGGAGAUGGAGUUAAAUAAUGAAGUGAUGAGCGAGGAGGGUGAAAACUGUGAAGAACACGAAGAUACACAGGCAAAUGUGUGUGCACCACCAUUAGACACUGAAGUUGUGACCACAGUGAAUAUGAAGCAUUCUCUUGAAAGGUCUUCUGCUAAAGGUAAAACAUCUGUUGCAAAAAAGAAGAAGGCUUGGCAAGUAAAUGAGAUCCAUGCAGUGGAGAAACAUAUGAUGACAUUCAUCACUUCAUGCCUCGUACCAGGGAAGUUGGCCUGUGAAAACUGCAUUAGAUCAGAGCCAUUAGCUCUUAAAGAAAGAGACUGGCAGAGUGUAAAAUUUUAUGUUUAUAACCGGAUUGUGGCCUAUAAAAGAGAGAUUAACAAGAAAGAAUGAAUAAUAAGAAUAUUGACAGAAACAGCAGGGUUCACUAAACUUUCAGUAUAUGUUUACAAAGAAAAUGUUCACUAAGUCAUUGUUAUAGAGCAUAUCUAGAGCAUAUCUAAUUUUCAGUUUGUAGCCUUAAAAAAAAAAUAUUUUGGGAGAUCGCAAAAUCGAAUCUCGGUGUUUACAUGAAGCCGCCUCUGUCCAAAAGCUCCCAGAGAGCAGAAUGGGCCUGUGCUCUUUUAGGAAGGGAAGGGCGGUAUACUCGGUAAAAAGCCAGAAUCUAUAAUCAUUUAUUUUCUUGUAAUAUUUAAGGUGUGAUAUGUUUACAUACUACUUAUACUUUAUAAUUUAAAAUAAUGAAAGCUAGUCAGGCUUAUAGAUGUUUUUAUUUUAUGCUCAGUGUUCAGAAUGCUCAACAUUGUUGUCAUACAGUAUACAUUUAGUUAUGUUAAUUGUGUUUAAGAGCAAAAUAUUUCUCACAGUCAAGGUUCAGUCGUGGAUGAUAAAGACUGUGGUAGUGUUGCACUUAUUUGUUGGGCAAAUACUUUGUUAAUUUUACAGUAAUUACAGCUCAAUAUAUGUGACUAAACUUGUCAUAAUGUUAAAUAAACACUGUUUUUGUAUCUAACUGACAUAAGUCCCAGACUUAUCAUGACUAAGUACUGAUGCGGCUACUUUAGUGACGUCCCCACUACAACAUAAAUACCAGUUAAUUGUGUGUAUGCAAAUGAGGCUACUUCAGUGAUGUCCCCACAACAAUAUAAAUACCUGUUAAUUGUGUGUAUGCAAAUGAGGCUACUUCAGUGAUGUCCCCACAACAAUAUAAAUACCUGUUAAUUGUGUGUAUGCAAAUGAGGCUACUUCAGUGAUGUCCCCACAACAAUAUAAAUACCCGUUAAUUGUGUGUAUGCAAAUGAGGCUACUUCAGUGAUGUCCCCACAACAACAUAAAUACCGGUUAAAUUUCUGUGUAUGCAAAUUAGGUCCCCAUAAGUGACAAGUUCUCGUCAUGUUCCUAUAAGGUGUUAAAAAACCAAGCACAGAAACUUUGUGAUUCAAAUUAAAAAUUUGAGGUGAUAUUUGUGUUCCCGGACUUAAAUUAUAUCUGCCUGAUUUUUUUCACCUCUUUAGGACCUCGGGAAAGUGGUGUCCCCACAAUACAUGGGUGGGACUACUG